CCCGAAUUUUGUGUUCUUGUCUCCGACCCCAGUCGGUCCGAAUACUCUUCGUCUGAUUCUUAAGGACCUGCUCUGGGCGCACCAUCUCUUUUAACCCAUCUAGCCGUUCUGCAUUGCUGAGUCUUGCAACUUACAAGUAGUCUAGAGACUAGGAUCCAUUCUCGAAUGAGUCCAGAUGUCUCGACCACGACAUUUUCCUCCUAUGGUUGGACUUCGAACCGAUACACGAAUAUCGGUUCUAGCACUUUCGGGCCGUCUACGUCGUCGUCGCCCACAAGUUCGCAUCAACUGUCACAGGAUCGCGGUACCGCAUCCUUAUACGCAUCCACAUCCGCGUCGACAUCGACAUCUACAAGCAAACCAGCAGACCAAGCAGGUAGCUCUGGUCAUGAGAGAGAAGGUGGAGAGGGAAAGCCAAGUGGAAAGGGGAAGGAGAAGAUCAAAGACUUCAACCAUUUCGUACGCUCGGGAGUCGCGGGUGGAAUUGCUGGGUGCGUGGCCAAGACGGUCGUUGCGCCUCUAGAUAGAGUCAAGAUUUUGUUUCAAGCAUCGAAUCCUGAUUUUCAAAAGUAUGCUGGCUCAUGGUCUGGUGCACUUCGCGCUGGCGCCGAGAUAUAUAAUUCUUCUGGUGUGCGUGGGCUCUUGCAAGGCCAUUCGGCGACACUGCUGCGUGUCUUUCCCUACGCUGCGGUGAAGUUCGUGGCGUAUGACCAGGUUCAUGACACCCUCAUGCCAACUCCUGCGCAUGAGACGAAUUUUCGACGGUUCUCAGCUGGAGCUAUCUCCGGCGCCAUCUCCGUCUUUCUCACAUAUCCCCUUGAGCUCAUCCGUGUAAGGAUGGCGUUCGCCACCACGCCUGCUUUCGCAGCCGAUCUGGUCUCCGCUGGACGACGAAGGCCGUCUUUUAUCAGCGUCGCACGACAUAUAUAUUCGGAGGGCGCGCUACCGACCGCCUCCGCAUCCACUUCCACACAUUCAUCGGCAUUAUCGUCUUCACAGUUCACACACACCAAUCAUGUACCACAACCUCCCGCACCAACGGCCGCAGCAUCAAUACAACCGACUCGCCGUAUCUUCCACACCUUUCCCCUCCUGAAAUUUUAUCGAGGAUUCACACCUUCGCUCGUAGGCAUGAUACCCUACGCCGGGACGUCAUUCCUUGCCUGGGGAUUUCUCCGAGCUCAUUUCCUCCCACCACCACCGUCUUCUCCCGGUGACGGCGGUAUCAAAGAUAAGAACACCCGAGCGAAACCCAAACCACUCACAGACCUCGCCAUCGGCGCCGUCUCCGGCGCGCUCGCCCAAACCGUAUCUUAUCCCUUCGAAGUCGUCAGGCGUCGAAUGCAAGUAGGCGGGCUACGGAGUCCGGAGCGAUGGCUUGGGUGGCGCGAAACUAUUGUUGACGUGUAUAAGAAGGCGAAGGCGGAGAAUGCUGGGAAGAGCGGGUGGUGGAGGAGAGCGGGGUGGAGGGGUUUCUAUGUGGGGUUGGGGAUUGGGUAUUUGAAGGUGGUGCCGAUGAAUGCGGUCAGUUUUGCGGUUUGGGUGGGGAUGAAGAGGGUGUUGGAUGUGUAGAUGUGGGGAUAGAAGAGGUUGGAUUGUUUGUUGAUGUGGAGAGUGGUGUUGUAGGAUUCGUUGGACGAAGGCUAGCUUUACGGUGCUUUGCACCGUCGCAAGAAAUUGACAUU